AUGCGAUUUGCACCAGCCGGGUUGAGACUUCGAGGUUGCAAUGGGGUUGCCGUGAGUUUCGCACAGAAGAAGAAAGCCGCUUUAUCAGAAUCACAUAGAAUUACAGCGGAUACACAGAGGGUGCCUCCGCGUAAUCCUACAAAGACUAGUAUUGAGUAUAACUGA